UACAGGUUGACGCGUACGUGUAUUAAGCUUCCAUGUGUGACUUCGUGGUAGCAUUGCUCAGCUUGCGGGCUGAACGCAGUACAUGUAGACUGAUUAUUGAGGGCUGGCGUUAUUCAGAUUUUCAUUCGUCGUUGUCAUACUAUGGACGAGGUUAUCAACCUGAAUGUGGGAGGAAGCCUGUACACCACAUCACUGUCGACUCUCACCCGCUACCCAGACUCCAUGCUCGGCUCCAUGUUCAGCGGUCGCAUCCAGUCGGCCCGCGACGCGCAGGGCAACUACGUGAUCGAUGGCGACGGUCCGCUCUUUCGCUACGUCCUCAACUUCCUCAGGCGCUCCACCCUGACCCUGCCGGACGACUUCCGGGAGCUGGAUCUGCUGGCGGCCGAGGCCGACUUCUACCAGAUACGGGAGCUCAUCCAGGCCGUGGCCCGGCUUCGGGAGGACCAAGAGCGACAGGGAGAGGAGGCGCGGAGGCAGGCAGAGCGCAUCCCGGAGAUGGAGUUCGUGGAGGUGGAGUUCGAGUGCGCUUCGGGCCAGUGGAUCGUCUUCGGCAGCGCCGAUGUCCUCAAGAGGAUUCCCGUGGUGGUUGGGUCCUUCAAGGACGGCCACACCUUCAAAAGCCGGCUGACGCGGUCGGAGGAGUACGGGCUGAACCUUCCUCGGGGCCAACCCGUGAACCGGGUGCGGCUGUUCCGAGAGACGUCGCUGCUCGGCUUCAGGCUGGCGUGUACGUCUUCCAGCGGCGGGGACGAGCGAUCCACGGACCGAUGGGUCUUCGCUCGUGAGGUCAAAUGAUGACUUCUUUUCAGAUAGACUACUUCGUAAUCAUUACUUCCAUGGCAUAUCAGCUGACACAAUGUUCCAUCCAGGGACAUCAUUUGGGGGGGGUAUUUAUCGUACCUCGUAGCUGAGUCGCCAAGCAAUAUUUCUUCCAAUAAUAUUUCCAUAUUAUAUUAUUUUUUCAAUAAUGAUGACCGCACCUAUAGCUUUGCGGUAAUUCUCUGUCACUUUUAUUAAGAAUGGCUUUAGUAGUCAUCAUAUAUAGUUUUAUAUAUAGAGUAGAGAAGGUCACCAAUAAAGGUCCCUCGCUUUGUGUGUUGAACUCCACGUGAUCACGCUUACCUGGAGCGAAAAAAUCAUUAACUGAGUCCGCACUCUUCAAGGCGAAUUUUCGUGGAAACCGUCAUCAUCAUGUGGACCCGCGCAGUUCACGUGACGGCUUUGCUGCACCCGUCGUAAGAUUUCAUACAGGACCUCCUCUGUUCACAGGAGUCUGUUCACGGAAACCGCAUGGCAGUGAAGAAGCAGCCUUUUUUACGUCCUGAGACGAACUCAUCUCUAUAUCUUGAGCCAUAAUUUGAGUCUUCUGGGUGGGUCAGAGAGUAGAUGAUCAUCGGCAUUUUAACCACCUAGUGUUUAAAUCUGCCACACUGUAAAACCUUUGGUGUUAGAAUUAACACUUUUUGGUGUUAUUAGAUGACCACACCAUAGGGUGUUACUUUAACACUGAUGAUGUUACUUUGCACA